AUGGCCUCCCAAGACAACGUGUCCAGAUCCAAAGCUCCUAAUGCCAAUGAUUCUCACAUUGCGCUGACUAAGGGUGCACUAGUCACCGGGAUCACCGGGCAUGAUGGAUCAUACCUGACCAAGUUCCUGCUCCGAAAAGGCUAUCAAGUCCACGGUCUGAUCCGACGAUCCUCAAAUUACAACACCCAGCAGAUCAACCAUAUCUACGUCGAUCCCCACAAUGCCAACAAAGCUCGCAUGAAGCUCCACUACGCUGAUCUCUCUGAUGCCUCCUCCCUCCGCCGUUGGCUCGACGUCAUCAAGCCUGACGAGGUCUACAACCUUGAUGCUCAGUCCCACGUUGAUGUCUCCUUCGAGAUCCCUGACUACACUGCUAAUGUCGUAGCUACUGGAGGUCUCCGUCUCCUGGAGGCAGUCAGGUCUCACAUGGCUGACAAUGGCCGUAACAUCAAGUACUACCAGGCUUGUUCCUCAGAGGUGUUUGAGUCAACUCCUCCUCCGCUCCCAAGAUCUCCCUAUGAUGCCUCCAAAUGCGCCGCUCACUGGUACACAGUCAAUUACCGAGAAGAAUACGGCAUGUACGCCUGUAACAGGAUCCUAUUCAACCACGAGUCACCUCGCCGAGGUGAGAACUUCGUCACUUGGAAAAUAACCUUGGCCCUGGGGAGGAUCAAAGUCGGACUGCAGAUGAAGCUCUUCCUGGGAAACAUACAGGCGUCACGAGACUGGUUCGCAGGGGACUACAUGGAGGCAAUGUGGCUGAUGCUGCAGCAGGAGAAACCAUAUGAUUACGUGGUGGCAACUGAGGGGUCGCACACCGUGGAGGAGUUUCUUGAGGUGUCCUUCGGGUACCUCGGCCUCAGCUGGAAAAACCACGUGGAGUUUGACAAGAGGUAAUUCAGGCCAACGGAGGUUGACAAUCUGAAAGGAGAUGCGAGCAAGGUGAAGGAGGUGUUGAAGUGGAAGCCCAAAGUAGGGUUCGAGCAGCUGGUGAAGAUGAUGAUGAUGGUGGACGAAGAUCUGGAGAUGGCUAAGAGGGAGAAAGUGCUGGUUGAUGCUGGUUACAUGGAAGCUCAGCAGCAACCUUAA